AUGAAGCUAGUGUUGAAACUAGUGUUGAAAGUGCACCAAGAUAAUUUCUCUGCUCCAAAGAAUCCUAAUGAUGUGGAUUUAGAAGCUGAGUCACAGAAAGAUGGUGAUGUUAAUAUCUCUGAUCCAAAGAAUCCUAAUGAUGUGGAUUUAGAAGCUGAGUCACAGAAAGAUGGUGAUGUUGAUACAGAAGAUAUAACACGUGAAUAUACUUUGGGCAUAACAUUUAACUUGUGGAAACGACACGUCAGACCUUUAAAUGUCCUUGUCUUUGACCGGGUCCAUCUUCUCCGCCACCAACCCUCCGCCGGCACCGCCGCCGUUCAUUUUCCGGCGGUGCACCCUAACAUAGAAAUUCAAAAACAGGAGACAAAUCGCGGCGUUGAGAACCGAAUUGAAAACCCAGGCACCGAUCCCAUUGCACCCGCCCUUGACGAGGUGCAGGAGGAGCACGCCGACGUGGCACACCAGAUUGCACCCCAGCAGCGCCAUCUGGCAGCUGACGACGAACGGGAAGCAGGCGGCGGGAAGUCCGACCGCCGUCCAGAACCGAUAGCCGUCGACGGCGGCGCAGGCGAGCGUCAGGAAGGCGGUGACGAUCGCGGCGGCGUGGGCGAGGAGGUCGGCGAGGGGCAGUCUCCGGCGGCGGGCGGCGGCGAUGAGGGGGCGGAGGGCGUGCGGGAACCGGGAGAGGUAGAAGGCGUAGGACCAGAAGAAGACGCGGCCGGAGGGGCGGGUGCCGAGGGGGAAGCAGAGGAGCCACUGGAGGGGGGUGGUGCGGCAGCGGCGGAGGAGCCACCGCGUGUCGCGGAUCUCGGCGGCGGCGGAGAGGGCGGUGCCGGCGAAUAUUGUGGCGGAGGAGAGGGACAUGAGGAGGGAGUGGGCGGCGGGGAGGAAGCCGAGGGGGAAGGUGAGGCGGAGGAGGAGGAGGAGGCGGAGGGCGGCGGCGGAGGCAAGGUAGAAGGAGAGGGAGGCGAGGAGGAAGGACCAGGUGGAGCCCCACCACUCGUGGCUCCACCGGAAGCCCACGACGGAGGGGUGCUCCGAUAG